UAAUCGGGUCUCUUUCCUCCUUAUGCCUAUUCGAUUUUUUCCCCAACAACCCUGAAAUUAUCUAGCGACAACAACAAUCCCACUAUUUUUUAUCUACCAAUUACAACUGCAAGUGUAAAAAGAGCAUUUUCAGGUUUGAGUUAUAUUAAGAACAAGUUUUCAAGUCGAUUUGGCGAUUAGUUUGCUAAUACUUAUUUAGUAAGAUACAUUGAAAGAGACUUAUAUAAUAGUGUAGACGAUGAAUGUUUUGGCGUUUCUUUCACUAUAUGAAAUUUCUUUGUAAUCGUUUCUGAAAAGUAUGAUUGUAUAAUCGGUUAUUUUUAAUUUAUGAAUGAAUUAUUCGGAUUUAAUUAUUUUUAAUUAUUUUUUACUAAAUAAUUGUUUUAUUAGAUACUUAUAUAUUUAAGUUAGGGGUGGCAGUUCGGUUAUUUCGAUUACAACCGGUAACCGAUCGGCCGAUUAUCGGUUAAUCGAAGUAACCACCCCUCAUAUCUAAAGUCGACCGAAAUAGGCUUCGAUUUCUCGGUUAUCUCGGUUAUCAAUUAACCGAACCACUUGUAAGACCAAAAAUCAUUGUGUCCAGCUUCCGAUAACCGACAGAAGUUUGGUUACCAGUUAACCGGUAACCGAUAACCGAACGGCCACCCGUAAUUUAAGUUAUGAAAAAAGGACAGAGGUGGUUCGAAAUGUUGCCUCUGCCCACUGCUUGUAGGUGUGUUGGAUGUUGUCACUACUCUCCACUGCCAGAUACGCAUGCAUGGUCCAUCGUCUGUUACACGUUAUUGUCACUGAUGAUGCACUAUCGCAGCUGCACACAAACGAAUGAACGAUAUGCAAAACCCAACAAAGCGGGUACUAGCUAGCUAGUAACAAUCAAAACCCUUAGUGCAUUAAGGUGUUUUGUAUGGUAGUAAACGGUUAUUGUUACGUUCUAGCUAUGCGUCAUUUUGUGGGCAUGCGAAAGUGGUGUGUUAUGAAAGAAAGCCGAUCGAGUACGUAAAGUCCAACAACCAGCCCGUACACGUACCUCAAAAUCAUCUUAUAAAUAACUAGGCUAGCUGCUGCCCGCCUUACUUAAUUAUCACACUCAACUUACCUUCCAAACCUUGUGCUAUAAUCCUUACCAUAUAUCCAUCAUGGCCUUAAACUGCCUUUCCCUGCUACUUAUCACAUUGAUGAUGAACCCAUCAAUAUUAAUAACACAAUCAUCAGCUUCCUCCGGCGCCGAUAAAGUAUACAUCGUGUACAUGGGUUAGGCGCACCCAGCCAAGGAAAGCGCGAUAAACUCCAUGCUUAAAAGGUAAUAUUUAAUAUCUCUGUUAUUCUUCUUGUUGCAAUUGAUUCAUGACUUGGUUAUGCUCCAGCUCUGCACGUUCGUAAUCUGUUUUUGUUGACGAAAGUGGACUAUAUUUAACUGACAAUGACAUACAUGUCUGUUUCGGCAGAGACGGCGGCAGGGCCAUCGAUCCACUCCGAACCUACCGCCACGGCCUAUCAGGCUUCACUGCUCGUCUUUCUCCCGAAGAGGCGGCCGCCAUCGCUGAUCAUCCCAAUGUCAUCUCCGUUUUCCCGGACCAGUCCUACAAGCUGCUAACCAGUCGAUCAUGGGACUUCUUACAAGAGCUGACCGAGUCCAACGACGUCGUUCCACUUUCCGGGCCCAUUGGGCCCAGUUUUGUACCUCUAGCUCAAGUAGUGGGCUCGUGAUUGGGUUCAUCGACACGGGGAUUUGGCCCGAAUCGGAGAGUUUCAAAUCGGAAAAAGCCAAUUCAAACCCUCCACGUGGCAGGAACGGGACGUGUAUGGCGGGAGACGACUUCAACAUCACUGCCUGCAACGGCAAAAUCAUAGGUGCGAGACACUAUGUGACCGGCACGGCGAGGGACCGAUCAGGCCAUGGGACCCACGUGGCAUCGACGGCGGCCGGAGCAGCGGUGGAGAAGGCCUCGUACUACGGCCUGGCUUCAGGGAGUUGCAGGGGAGGUUCGGAGCGCGCCAGAAUUGCUGUCUACAAAGCUUGCGACGACAGCCUGUUCUGUAAAGGCUCUCACAUGCUCAGCGCGUUCGACGACGCCAUCCGCGAUGGAGUCCACAUCAUCUCCGUCUCCAGCGUCCCCUAUAAAGUGCGGCGUUCCCCUUACUUCCUGAUGGACCCGGGGGCGAUCGGCGCCUUCCACGCCGCCGUCGAGAGAGGGAUCACCGUAGUUGGCGGCGCCGGCAAUUCAGGACCCAAAUCGGCGACUAUCUUCAACGACGCGCCGUGGAUCAUAACCGUCGGCGCCUCCACCAUCGACCGAGUUUUCCAAGCUGAUGUCACUUUGGGAGGUGGAGCUGGAGUAGUCAAGGGUGAAUGGCUAACCUUCCCGAAUCUUGAUCGAUCGCCGAUAUAUCCGUUGACGGACGGCCGCACAGCCAAGGACGGGAAUGCAUCCUAUCUUGCAGCAAGCGACUGCCAACAGGAUUCACUGAAAAGGGAGAAAACAGAAGGGAAAAUCGUCAUCUGUGAGGUGAAAGGGAAAGAUCCGACAAUCAACCUCUUGACUCAAGCGAACGAGGUGCAGGGUAAAGGUGGUUUGGGGAUGAUACUCGUCGACGACGUGACCAGAAUGGUAGCCGAGUACUCUGGCGACUUCCCCGUUACAGUGGUCAGCUCACGGGAAGCUGUUAAGCUCAAGUCUUAUCUCAACACCACCCGGGAACCGCUGGCUACCAUACUCCCAACGGUAACGGUGGGGAACUAUCGACCAGCGCCACAAGUGUCAUACUUCUCCUCCAGGGGACCCUCUGUCAAUUUGCCCAACGUAAUCAAGCCUGAUGUUAUGGCUCCUGGUGUGUCGAUUCUGGCGGCGUGGAUCGGGGAUGACUCAGAAUCCACCCCAAAAGGCAGAAAGCCGCCAUCGUUCAACAUAAUAUCUGGGACAUCGGUGUCUUGUCCCCACGUAGCAGGGGCUGUCGCCGCCAUUAGGGCUGCCCAACCUUCAUUCAGCCCCUUUGCCAUCAAAUCAGCCAUCAUGACCACAGCUUUUGUGACAAACAAUGUGGGAUCCCAGAUCACAACCGACGCCGGUGAAGAAGCCACGCCGUACGACUUGGGUGCAGGGGAGUUGAAUCCCACAGGUUCGCUGAACCCGGGACUGGUGUACGAGGCUACGACGAGGGACUACUUGUUGUUCCUGUGUUAUUACGGCUACGACACAUCCACCGUCCGUUUGAUCUCGAGAGCGGCUCGUUCGUUGAACUUCUCGUGUCCCCUGAACUCCAACCCGGACCUCGUCUCCAAUCUCAACUAUCCUUCCAUGGCUGUCCGCUUAGCUCCGAACCAGACGAGAACCAUCACGAGGGGGCUGACCAAUGUGGCAUCUGAUGGGAAUUGGAGCUACACGGCCACGAUUAGGUUCGGCGGUGGGAAUGAUCAGGGGCUAAGAUCGGAGGUAGGUGUCCAGGUGUCCCCUGAGAAGUUGUGUUUUGCGAACAAGGGGGAGAGGCAUUUGUUCAAUGUGACGUUUACGUCAACGGGUCCCAUCGAUGUGGAUCGGGUUGUGUUCGGGUGGAUCACUUGGACCAACCCUCGGUUCAAGGUCCGAUCACCGUUCGUGAUUGUGGGCAGCAUUGCGGAGUAGUAUGUGCUCGUGUUUUCGUUACUAGUAUUAAAGAUACGUAGUGACAUAUGGUAUGUCAUAUUGACGGGAUUGUAUAUGUAGUGGGAUAUAUGUCUUAAGUACUCUACCUACUUCAAAAUGUACAAUAUUUUAAAAAUAAGAGUAAUAAUUUUAAUUGUCUUGAAUCUUGAUAAGUACUAAUAUGUUGAAUACUUACUAGUAAGGAAAAACUUUACUAAGUUAAGGACAUCACAUUUCUAUUAAGUCAAUAAUGUGGUUAUAUUUAUAUAUAUAUAUAUAUAUAUAUAUAUAUAUAUAUAUAUAUAUAUAUUUGGGUAGGAAUAAAGUGGUUAUAUUUGUGAAGGGGCAUAAAAAAAUUGACUAUUUUUAUAUAUUUUGAAUAGAUUUUGCUAUAACAAUCGAGAUCAUCAAAGAUUGGCCUACAUUUAUGAUUUAAGCAUGAGCUCGAAAAUUUAUCAAUUGAAAAAUAAUAGUGAAAGGGUCUCUCUUUCAUGAAUUCGCCGAAGUUUAUUCUCACCUGACCUAUUAUUCCGAAGAAGUUAGGAUCUACAAAAAUCAAGGAGGAGUCCUUAUAUAUGCAGCUAAAAAUGAUUGUGCAGUUUGAAAAUUCCCCUCGUUACCAAUAACCCAUACACCCACAGUAACCAAAAGGAGAGAACGCAACAAUGAAACCCCAAAAUUUAUCGAUAUGCGUCUUUGUUUUGAUGACAAUUAGUCUCGUUCAUGGUGAUUAGUUAUUUCUCUGUCUUUUUUUAUGGAUUCAUGUCAAUUUUCAUGCCUCUUAAUGUUACAUAAUUUGCUUUCCUUUAUAAAUUCAUACAUUAUGUAAGUGAACUAAACUGACUUUUUUUGUGAUUGUUUGUGAUGAAAUAGGGAAUGAGGCCGUAAAACUUCCUCUUCCACACCCUCAUCCAUCCUUUUGUGAGUUUGAUACAAUCCAAAUAAAGGGAUUCCCAGGGGAUUACAUACGGAAAUGUAAUCCUUUUCGCAAUAUAUGUGACGAGGCAUGCCGGCGUAAGUUUGGAGAUUCCGUUUUCGGGCGGAUUCCCAAUGGGUAUAGUGAUGGAAUAGUUUGCAAAUGUUUCACGGCUUGCAUGGUCAAUUGAGGGGUACUCUGAAGUCUGAUGAGUACAAUAAUUCAAGUAAAUCUCAUAUGGUACCAGAGUUUCCUGCUUCACAAAUCAACCAAGAUCCAAAUGCAUGUUCUUAGUUUCUUCAUCGUCGAAAAUUUUUAUUAAAUUUUGAAGGUAAUCUAGCUAGUGAAAGGAAAAGAAAAGUUGAAUAACAAGUUAGUUUAUAGAGAUGUGUUCGGUUCAUAGACUCUAAAUUUCUUUAAUUGUUAUUUUUCUAGUCUCGAUUGUUUGAUAGCGACUGAGUGAGCUUUUAACAUUCGUUCAAUGCAAAUAUGAAAAUUAAACAAAUUGAGUCAAAAAGGGACUCGCCAGUAGGGGUGGAUCGGUAUGGGCUCAAUGUUAUUUGGGUUCGGGUUCUGGGCCUGGUCUGUAAUCAUUUUCUUUGCCAGAUUGGAUUAGGUUUAGACCAACAUGGAGAAGUACUAUAAAUAUUAAAUACUUCUCAUACUCCUCUGUAAUCUCCUCGAUAUAGUGAAACUGGCUCUCUCUCGCCCGUGGACGUAGCUAACACACAUCGUGUUAGUGAACCACGUAAAUCGUGUGUCUGUGUUUUUCGAUUCUCGCUUUCAUAUUCUUGCUUUAUCGAUUCCAACGAUUUCCCGAUCCGUAGCAGCGCGUUUAUAACAGUUGGACUACACCAAAUCGUACCGAAUCGCAUUUGCGGUCGCUCCUUACCGCAUCAUAAAGCUAACGGUUUUAC